AUAGUCCGACCGAGUCUGUUGAUAGGUUGUGUGAAAGUGAAUGUGAGACGCAGUUGAUCUUCAAGACUUGAGAGAUCUUAUAAACCUCUUUGCUGAAGACAGAGACUGUCUUGGUUUAGUUUGGUUUUUUUGUUCUGAUUCUUUCACAGUAUGUUUGGUCUUGUGAAAUCUUUAGUGAAGGGUUUGCAGAAGCCAGAAUAUGAGCUUGAUCAACAGGCAGAGAAUCCUGUAAAUUAUGAAGUGAGAAAAUACAAAGCUACAAAGUGGGUCUGCACCACAGUCAAGUCCAUUUCACGCAAAGACGCAACGAGUGAGGGAUUUGGUCGCCUCUUCAAGUACAUUCAAGGGAACAAUGAAGAAAAGGCAACGGUUGAGAUGACGGCUCCUGUAACCACCACAAUUGUACCUGGCGAGGGACCAAACUGUGAGAGUACCUUCACUGUUGCCUUUUACCUACCCAGUGAGCAUCAAGUGAACCCACCCAAGCCAAGUAGCCCAGAUGUGUUCUUUGAGGAUCGCCCUGAACAAACAAUCUAUGUCAGAUCCUUCGGAGGUUUUGCAAAUGAUGAGAAAUGGAUUGCAGAAGGACUUGCUUUGACUGAGGCCAUUGGAGAUGAGUCCAAGUUUGAAUCAUCAUAUUAUUUUACAGCCGGAUAUGAUCCCCCUUUCAAACUAAUUGGCCGUACAAAUGAAGUGUGGUUUGUGAAAAAAGACAACUAAAAUUAGAGCCAUAUUCUUUGACUUUUUGUUUUAAACUAGUCAAUGCUGCCUUUUUAGUGCAGUUUUUUUUUCUCAAUCUUAAAUAUAUCUGUUCAAUUGGAUGUUUCUUCAACUGUAUUUAUCUUUUCCAAA